GCCAUUUUCCCAUCAUGCAAUGCUGCCUCGGUCCGCCACAAACAAAUUUUCUGCUGUGAGGAGAGAUCGGGCGAGUCGUGUCCAACAGACAAGUGAAGGCUUCUUCCCAUUAUUAUUGGGCUUAACCUUUAGUGUUUAUCAUUUGCUGUUGGUACCUUUGCCGCCGUUUUCUCAUUUGAAGUGAUAUAAGCGUACAUUACUUAUUUAGCUGUGUGUGUCUCUUGCGGGGUUGGAAAAGCCAAGAUGGGAUGCGAAGACGAAGUAUUGAAGAUUGGUAAAAAACUGGAGAAGAUGAUAUCCAGCGGGACAUCGGACCAUGCUGCUUCAGUUGACCUCCUCAAAUCCUUACAGGAUUUACCUAUGACUCUUGAUGUGCUCCAGAAAACCAGAAUUGGAAUGACGGUAAAUAACUUCCGUAAGUCCAGUAAUGCGGAUGAGGUGAUCAGUCUGUCGAAGGCGUUGAUUAAGAGUUGGAAGAAACUCUUGCCAGGAGAAAGCACAAAUUCCAAAUCAUCAUCAUCACAGUCUUCUGCUAGAAGCAACAGCGUCAACAAAACAGAUGAAUCUUCACGUGACAGCACGGACAGUAAUUCUCAUGAUGUGAGCAAGAAACUGGAAGGCGAUGCCAAAGGGGGCCAGUCUGGCACUAAACUAACUGACACAAGUGACCCUAUACGUCUCAAAUGCCGGGAGCUUCUCUUCAAUGCUUUAAAAGUAGACAAUCCCCCUCCUGGUGUCAAACCAAUGCCACAAAUUGCUUCAGAAAUUGAAGAUUCUAUCUACCAAGAAUUCCGAAACACUGACAUGAAGUAUAAAAAUCGUGUCCGAAGUCGUGUGGCCAAUUUAAAGGAUCCAAAGAAUCCUCAAUUGCGGGAAAGUGUGUUGCAGGGCAUCAUUGAUCCCUGUCGAAUGGCUGGAAUGACCGCUGAGGAGAUGGCCAGUGACGCUAUGAAGUUAUUGCGGAGCAAAUUAACAAAAGAAGCCAUUAAUGAACAUCAGAUGGCUCAGACAACUGGAAGUGUCACUGAUCUCAUUAAAUGUGGCAAGUGUAAGAAGACAAACUGUACAUACAACCAGGUACAGACAAGAAGUGCUGAUGAACCAAUGACCACAUUUGUGUUGUGCAAUGAAUGUGGCCACAGAUGGAAAUUUUGUUGAUGUUCCAGCCAUAGAAUUUUUGUUCUUUCUCUGAUCAGAGACCAUUGACCGCUGCCACCGCCAUCGCCCACCACCACCAUUAUUAUUAUCAUUAAUUGUUAUCAUCCCUUUGCUGAAACUGGAUGUCUUUAAAGAGAAGGAAGACAGAAAAGCUCUGAUCAGUUAAUGGUGGGAUGAGUUUGUUCGUGUUUCCAGGGUUCUUAACACCAGAAAGCAACCGGAGAACUUGACAUAAAACAAAUUUUUAAAAAAUUGGAAGAAAAAAAAAAG